AUGUGCGAACCGGACGAGGUCUCCCAGCAGGUAUGGUCCGAGUGGAUCCUGGAGGCGAUCCGCAAGAUCCGCGCCCAAAAGCAGCGGCCGAGCGUCGAGAGAAUCUGCCACGCUAUCCGCCAGCACCACAACUACCACGAAGACGUGAUCGGCGAGCACCUCGAGCAGGCCGUCCGCGCCGGCACCGUGCUCAAGGUGUUCAACAAGGGCCAGAGCUCCUACAAGGACCCCGGCGAUCUGCCGAAUCGCUCGCUCAAAAUCGAACAGGGCGUCGAUAUCACCAAGGCGGUGGCGAAGGCGGUGCGGGAGCUCGGCGAGCGCGACGGCUCGUCGGCCAAGUCGAUCGAACGGCACAUCAGGAAGUCGCAUUCGGUCGAGGAGAAGGCCGAGCACGAUUUGAAAACGGCCAUACAGGCGGCCGUGCAACGGGCAUUGGCCAAAAACAUCAUCAUCGAACAGGGUAAAAACUACAAAUACAAUUACAAUUAUCAGAAUGUCGGCGUCAAGAGGAAACACGACGGCACCAGGAAGUCCUCCGUACCUCAGGAGGAACCCUCACCACCUAAGGCUCCCAUGCCUUUGCCGAUAUGCUCCGAAUGCCUGGGAACGGAGGCGAAAAAUCGCAAGGGAGCGUUUGAGAAAUUGAGCGCCUGCUCCGAGUGCGGUUCGAUGGUACACCUUUCAUGCACAUCGAACGAACCCGAACUGAUCGCUUUGCUGUUGAAAGGUGGCAAAUGGUUUUGCGAGGAUUGCAAAACCUGCGACGGAUGCGGUAACAUAGGUAUUUCGAUGUGCCUGUUGUGUUGCUGCAGCUGCGAAAGGAAGUACCACAUGGGCUGCUUGGACCCGCCGGCCGAGAAGAAACCGAAGUGCCCGUGGCGGUGCAAACAUUGUCUCGGCCAUCACGACAACGUCGCCAAGAAGAUGAACAAGCCGGGGGCGGGCGUUCGAAAGAAAAUCGACAAAGUUCGCGAGAAAAUCAAAGAGAAAAAUCUAAAUAGAUCGAAGGAUGCGCCGCAGGCUAAUCAAUCGGUGAAUAACAAAACAUCGAAUAGGAAGAGUCGAGUGCCUCCGAUCGACGAGAGCGACAAAAGCGACGCUGACGCGACGUCGAAGAAGAUCAAAGAGGAGCCCGAGUCGCAGGAAUCGGACGAUACCGGCGAUAAGAUGUCGAAGGAGAAGCAGAAAUUCUUCCGCAGCUCGGCCUUCAAUCCGGAGAAGAAGAAUACGCGCGGUAAAAACGCCAAGGCGGAGAAAUGCGAUAAAACCGACAAAGCGGAAGCGAAGAACAAGCGGAACGCCAAAGCGAACGAUAUCGAAAAAACCAAAAAACCCGCCAAGAAAGUGGAAUCGGAGGAAUCGAGCGACGACGACAGCGACGACAAUUCGUCGUCGGAUUCGUCGUCGUCGUGUUCGGGCUCCGAUACCGAUUCGUCGGCGGACAAAUCCGACGCGAAGGCGAAUUUGAGGAACGCCAAAAUACCUGCCGCGUUCGAUUCCAAGCCGGAGAAAACGACCACCUUCGGCGGCAUAACGUCCGACGAGGACAAACCGUGGGGUUUCGCGGCGGCGGCGGCUUCCGGAGCGAAACACAAAGACGCCUCGAAGACCUCCGAACAACCGACCAAAACCGGCGAGAAUCUCUUCAUAACCGUGCUGAAGGAGGAGGGAUUUUUGAACGAGAACGUCGCCUCGCCGGCCAAAAGCGAAGACUCCUCCGUGUCGGAUAAGUCGCUGAAAGCGCCCGGUUUCGGUCAAUUGAAGGGCCUCUUCGACGGUUUGUCUCAUUUAUUCGCCGCCCCGUCGGAGAGCCGAGCUAGCCGAUCGACGCCCAAUUACAACCCCAACAGGAGGAGGCUGAAGGACAGGGAGGACGAUAAUCAAAGCGCCGAUUCGCUCGAAAGAUCCAAGGAUGUUGAACCGGCGAACGAUCGAGCGCCGUCACCGGUGCAAGUACAAGCACAAGUACAAGUACCGUCUCCUAAAGCACCAGUAGCUCCACCACAGCCACAACAAUCGCCUUUGAAAGUGGAAAGUCCAACGUCGAUGACCCCUUCGAAUCUGGUGAAAACCGCCGUCAAUUCCAAGCAGCACGAGAAGAGGAAAUUGAUCAAAUCCGAAGAUCAAUCGGACAUCGUCAAUUCCACUCCGAUGAAAACCGAAGGGGAAUCGAAGAGCGUCAAACGGAAACACAACAACACCUCGUCGAUCAACUCGCCAGCGUUGAUGCCCUACCAAAGCAAUCCUCCUAUAAUCGACAUUAAGAACAUCCACUUGGCGCCCGGCGUGACCCAGAAGGACGUCGAGCUGUUCAGAGACACGAGAGAAAAAGCGGCCGCCUCGACGGCCGCCCUGCUGCCUUUGGCCGCCGCCCAGCACCGCGAGGCGUCGUCGACGCCGGCGCCGCCGUCGUCGGGGGCGGAGCCGCGCUGUCCGUCGGCCAUCGAGUUCGGCAAAUACGAGAUACAAACGUGGUAUUCGAGCCCGUUUCCGCAGGAGUACGCGCGCCUGCCGAAGCUGUUCCUCUGCGAGUUCUGCCUGAAGUACACCAAGAGCAAGGCCGUGCUGGAACGGCAUCAAGAUAAGUGCACGUGGCGGCAUCCGCCCGCCACCGAGAUCUACCGGUGCGAGGAUAUAUCGGUGUUUGAAGUGGACGGUAACGUGAAUAAGAUUUACUGUCAGAAUUUGUGUUUGUUGGCGAAGUUGUUUUUGGAUCAUAAGACUUUGUACUACGACGUUGAGCCGUUUUUGUUCUACGUGCUGACCAAGAACGAUAAGAAAGGUUGCCAUUUGGUGGGGUAUUUUUCCAAAGAGAAACACUGCGUGCAGAAAUAUAACGUGUCUUGUAUCAUGACGAUGCCGCAGUAUCAGCGACAAGGUUUCGGCAGGUUUUUGAUCGAUUUCAGUUUUUUGCUGUCGAAAGAAGAAGGCCAACCGGGCACGCCGGAGAAGCCGCUCUCCGACCUCGGCAGAGUAUCGUACUACGCCUAUUGGAAAUCGGUGGUGUUGGAGUACCUCUACUCGCAUCGCUUCGAUAAAUUGAAACUCACCGACAUCAGCAAAGACACCGGCAUGUACUGUCAGGACGUUUCCUUGGCCUUGGAGCUACUGGGUUUCGUGAAACUGGUAUCGACCGACGACGGCGCCAAACCGGUGAUAUCGGUCGAUUGGAGAAAAGUCGACGAGCACAUGGCGAAAGUGAAGAAAUCGAAGAAUCGCAUACCGAUCGAUUACGAGUGCUUGCGUUGGACGCCGCUCGUCACCCAAACGGCUUCGCAAUCGGCCGAACAGAAAUCCGACGAGGACGGCACGCCGAAGGAAACGGCCAACAUCAUCGUACCGAUGCCCGAGAAAAUCAUCAUCGAAACGCCCGCCGGCGUGAAGAUGAAGCGCGGCAAAAAACGGAAGAUCUCCACCACGCCGCCCAGAUCGCAGAAGACCAAAUUGCCGUCCAAUACGUCCGUCGAAGUGAACAACGUGGAAAUCGAAAUAACCUCGUCGGGUAGAAAGCGAACCAGACCGAGCAAAUUCAACGAGACCACGUUCGAAGCCAAACCGAAACCCACCGAAACUCCCAACAACAAGAGAAAGGUGGCAUCGGAAAAAUCCAUUCCGAAAAAGAAACCCAAAACGGACCUAAUAGAGGAAACCUCCAAAACGCCCAAAUCAUCAGUACGAGGCAGCAACAGAAUAACCGCCAAAUCAACCGGUGAAGACUCCUCGAAACAGAAAACUCCCGUCAACAAAGAGCGAGUUUUGGGCGAACGAUGGUCGCAGAGGCGCGUCAAAAAACAACUGGAACUCAAAGAAAAGGAAAACAACAAAGCCAAACAGCAAGAGGCCACCACCACUACCACCACGGCCACCGAAGACGAACCUCCGGCGAUCGAAGAACUCGCAAAGCAACCGGACGAAUCGAAACCGGCCGAAGACGCGAAUCUACCAAACAAACCGAAGAAGAACAAGAAGAAGCGCGGCUGGACGAAAGGCAAGGCGCGCGGCAAAUCCGCCGCCGCCAAGCAAAUCACCCUACCCGAAUUGAUCAAGAAGAACUCGCGCAAAGACAGCGAAAGCGAGUCGCCGUCGUCGGAGAAAUCCGACGAGGAGGCGGGCCCCGAGGCGCCGGUCGCCGUCGCGACGACGCCCGACAAGGAGAAGUCCAAAGCCAGGAAGGAGGAGAAGGCGAAGCGCGCCUCGAGGAUAUCCACCGAGGAGGAUUCGAGCGCCGAGGCCGACGACGAGAUGGAGAACGACGAGUUGCCCGUGCCGAAGGACGUCUCGCCGGCCGGCAAAUUCAAAUACUCGAAGGCGACGCCGCCGGCGAAGGAUAAGAAGGACGAGAAAGGCGACAAGUUCGCGCAUUCGCCGUCCUACGCCACCACAUCGGAGUCGGAGUUGGAGAUCGACGGGCAAAAGAUCAAAACAAUAUCGCGCCGGGACGUGUUUGAGCCAACUGGAAUCGCUCAAAUUGCUCGAAUCGACGAUGACGGUAAGGAGAAGGUGCUGGAGUGCUCGAAGGAGGAUUCGUUGGAGGCGAACGAAUCCGGACGGAAAUCCACCGAUAUGGAAUUGGAGAAAUUCGAGGAGUCCCUGAAGACUAACAUCAUCGUUCCGGCCCCACCUACGGUCAUCCAAUGUUUGGACGAGGAAGCGCCAAAAACCAAUCAGGAUACAGUCAUACAAACGCCUCUUAAAUGCAAUAACGAUGGUAAUACGAAAGCCGGGCAACCGCCGGAAGUUUCUAUUGACGUCAAAGAGCGAAUUCCCGAACCGAUUCCUCCUGCUGAUCCGUCUCCCGUUCAGGUAAAUCCAGAAACUGCUCCGGUUCAAGUGGUCGAUAGAUUCGAAAACGAGGCGACUCCCGUUAAGAAACCCGACGAGCAAAUUCAGCCGGUCGUAAAUCCUUCGGACACGACCGCUCGGACGCUCCCCGUCGACGCGCCGGUUCAGAAAUUCCCGGAGGAUCCGCCCGUCUCGAAGUUUCCGGAAGAUCCUCCCGUUCGAAAACACCCCGAGCCAACGCCGCCCGUUCAAACUCAAAUCCCUCCUCCCGUACAGAAAUUGCCGGAUGUCCCUGCUCAGAAGUACCCGGAUGUUCCCACUCAGAAGUUCCCGGAUGUUCCCACUCUAAAGUACCCGGAUAUUCCCGCUCAGAAGUUCCCGGAUGUUCCUGCUCAGAAGUUCCCGGACGUUCCAGCUCAGAAGUUCCCGGAUCCGAAGUUCCCGAUAGGGGAUGUCGGUGUGGUGAACAGGAGCUCGGAAGCUCAGGAGGUCGUGCAAGUCGAUCAGAAAGAGGAUCGCAAGGAGCAGAAGGCGUUUGUGACCAACGAAUUUGUUCAAAAAUCGAGCAAUUCGUUGGACAAACAGGCUGUCCACAGAUCUGUCGAUAAAACUAACGAGGUUUACGUACAGAAAUUCACCGACGUUCAAAUGCAGAAGCCGUACGAAGAGGUCAAUCCGCGUAAACACAGCGAAUCCGUCAUUCAGAAACAGGUACGCCCGCCGUCUGAGAGGAAACCAACCAUCGAACAAGACCAACAGAAAAUCCAGAAACCCCAAAUAGAAAAACCGCCGGCACCUCUACCGGUGCCGCUACAACAACCGCCUCCGCCGCCCGAACGGUUAGAAUACAAACACCCCGUAUUACAACCGGUACACGUACCGUCCAAAGACAACAAACCGCUCGCGCACGCGCACCCCGAUUUGAAACUCUACGAUCACCAAGAGCCGAAACCGAAGCCGUCGCCCAAGCAGGAACCGUACAAGACCGAAGGCGGCCGAACCGCCAAGCACGACGACAAGCGUUACCAUCAGAAGUUGCACGACGAGAAGGCGCUCUACGACGCCCAGCCGAAGAUGCACGUCGACGAAACGUUCCUGGCCAAUACGAUGGCGACGGAGAACUACAUGACGCAGGCGCAGUACCACUGGCAAUGGGAACGGCUGUGGGGCAACCGGUACUACGACAACAAGCGCGACUUCCAAGGUUAUCCGCAUCCGAUGCUGCACCAGUUCGCGCCGCUGGAGAUGCUGCCCAAACAGCCGACCUGCGAAAAGGAGAAAUUGCCGUCCAAGUCUCACAGGUAUUCGUCGAGCCAAAGCGGUAGUAGUUCGAGCGGCAAGAUGAAAGAAACCGCCCGAGAGAAGCACUGUUCGCCUAAAAAAGAAGAGAAAAAAUCGAAGCACGAGCAAGACGCGUGCGCGAAGGGUAUACUGAACGAUCCGUCGAAACCGUCCAGUUGCUCCUAUCCGCAAAACUCGCCGAAAUCGUCGGCGCCGGAUCGCGCCGAAAAAUCCAAAGAGCGAAAGGACCACAACAAAUUGGAGGAGCUGCAGCCGGUGAAAGGCGGGCAGGCGCCGCCGCUGUCCGUCGGCGACGUGCCGCCCUCGUUGGGCGUCUACACGCCCGAUUCCACCACGAAUUCGGUGCACAGCUUGCACUACGGCCACUGCGACAUGGACGUCGCCCAUUUGAACUUGGAAUCGCCCGCCUCGAUGGCGGGCGACGUCAAUUCGGUGGAGAUCGCCCGACCGCCGUCGGCCGUCGUGCCGAACGCGCCGCCCCAGACCAAUUACGAUUGCUCGGUGCAGCACAAUAUGCAGCAGAACAUGCAGAACACCGCCAUCGCCGCCACAAGCCCUACGAUCAAUCAUCUGGCCUCGCAGACGGUGGCGCAGCCGCAAUUGCACCAGAACACGCCGAGCAAGCGACAGGUGCAACAGCAACGCAACCGGUCCAACACGCCGUCGUCGACCAAACAGCACGGCAUCAGCAGAUCGACGCCGCCAGGGGGAGGCGGCGGCGGCUCGCAACAAUCGCAGCAGGCCAGGCAACGGGCGACGCCGCCUUGUAAUCCGCAACAAUUGCAACAGAUGCAAGCGAGCCCGACGGCGCAACAUUCGACCAUGCAACACCAGCAUCACGGCGCCCAACAGUUGCAGCCUCAUUUGCAUCACCAAGUGGUCCAUCAGGGUUACCAGUACCAAUUGGGACCGUCGGCGGUACACCAGCACGUCCAUCCCCACGCCGUUAUUAGUCAGGCGAAUUACAUUCCGUUGACGGUGACGACGCAAACGUUCCCGUCGGGAGGCGGCGCGUGCGUCAACAUACCGCCGAUGACGACGGUCAUCCAGCACGGCAUCGGUUCGCAACAGAACGCCGCCGCCGCCGCCGGUGCGUUGAAUUCGAUCGGAGGCGGCGCGAACCAGAAGCUGGCGUCGAGUCCCAGUUGCGCCGUGACGACGGGCAGCAAUUUCUACAUUCAAGCGAAUCCGCAUUCGCACUCGUCGACGCCGUCGCCGUCGCAACGAGGCGGCCAACCGACGGGCGGCGGCGGCGGCGCGGGCGGCGGUAACGCGAGCUCGAGCAUAGCGAAGCUGCAACAGUUGACGAACGGCUUGGAAAUGACGCCGGCGCCGUCGUGCCAGAUCAUGACGCCGCCGCCGGCGACGAUGACGCUGACGCCGCCGCCGACGCACUUGCACGCGACGCCGCCGCCGCCGCACCAGAUGGUGCAGAACCAGGCGGCGGCGAGGAAUCUGACGCCGCCGUCGGCGAUACCGGCGAAUUUGCAACAGCAGGUGUUGGGCUAUCACAAGUACUACCAGACCAACAUGAACGUGAACCAAUUGGGCGGCGCCGUGACGCCGCCGAUCGGCCAGAAUUUGGGCAGGCCGGGCAGGAAUUCGACGAACGUGGCGGCCAUGCAGCACAUGCAAACGUACAACAUGAACAGCUACCCGCCGAUGGGCGGCCAACAGACGGCCGGCGCCGUCACCGGUUACAUCACCAAUACGGGUUUCAUCAACAACCAGAUACCGAUGCAGAUGAUGAACAUGGCGCAGACGCAGUACCAGGAUCCGGCGGCGUUGCAGAGGGCGCAGCCUGCCAUGUACAGGACCUACGGGAUCAUGCAACCGUUGAAUAGUACAAUGAGGCGUUAG